CAUGCUCGCCAACCGCGAGUGCCAGCUGGCCCUGGACGUGCUGCAGGAGAGCGCCCUGCAGCGCUGCCGCUGCAAGAGGGGCAUGAAGAAGGAGCUGCAGUGCCUUCAGAUCUACUGGAGCAUCCACCUGGGGCUGGCCGAAGGAGAGGAAUUUUAUGAAGCCUCUCCGUACGAGCCGGUCACCUCUCGUCUCUCUGAUAUAUUCAGACUCGCUUCAAUUUUCUCAGGAAUGGACCCGGCCACCACCUCCAAGAGCAACCACUGCCUGGACGCGGCCAAGGCCUGCAACCUCAACGACAACUGCAAGCGCCUGCGCUCGGGCUACAUCUCCACCUGCAGCCGGGAGCUGUCGCCCACCGAGCCCUGCAGCCGCCGCAAGUGCCACAAGGCCCUGCGCCAGUUCUUCGACCGCGUGCCCGGCGAGUUCACCUUCCGCCUGCUCUUCUGCUCCUGCAAGGACCCGGCGUGCGCCGAGCGCCGCCGCCAGACCAUCGUCCCCUCCUGCUCCUACGAGGACAAGGACAAGCCCAACUGCCUGGACCUGCGCGGCGCCUGCCGGGCGGAUCACCUGUGCAGAUCCCGGCUGGCCGAUUUCCACACCAACUGCCAGGCCACCUUCCAGUCCCUGACCAGCUGUCCCGGGGACAACUUCCAGGCGUGCCUGGGCUCCUACGCCGGGCUCAUCGGCUUUGACAUCACCCCCAACUACGUGGACGCCAGCACCACCAGCAUCACCAUCUCGCCCUGGUGCUCCUGCAAAGGCAGCGGGAACAUGGAGGAGGAGUGCGAGAAAUUCCUGCGGGAUUUCACGGAAAAUCCCUGCCUCCGAAACGCCAUCCAAGCUUUUGGCAACGGCACCGACAUGAACCUGGCUCCCAAAAAUCCCAAUCCCGCCGUCACGGCGCUUCCGAAGGCGGAGAAGAGCCCGGCGCUGCCGGACGAUGUCAACGACAGCAACACCGCCUACGACACGAGCGCCAUCAGCACCUGCAGCUCCCUCCAGGAUCAAGGCCUGAAGCCCAACAAAUCCAAGGAGCAGAGCUUGUGCUACUCCCAGGCCCAGCUGACCACGGAUGUGAUGCCGGAGCAGAAGACUUUCAUGGAUCCCAAGGCGGGAAGCAGCCGGCAGCGGGAGAGCCGGAUCCUGCUCCUCAUUCCCAUCCUGAUCCCGGCGCUGGGGCUAUAGAGGGGCGGGAAGGAGCGGCCGGUGGGACGGGGACGCUCGGACCAGUGCCACCAGUGCCACCAGUGCCCACCAGUGCCCACCAGUGCCCACCGCUGCCGCGCUCGUGCCGGAGACUGGAACGCUCCCAAAUCCCGGGAAUGCCGAGCUCCGGAGAGGCAGGAGGAGCUUUCACCACGCUGGGAAACUUUGGUGGUUUUCUUCCUACUUUUCAUUUUUCCCGUUUUUUUUUUUUUU